AAAACAAUGGUCAUGAAGCUAUAGGACUUGGAACAAGAGAUUGCACGAUAGUGGAGAGAGCAUUGUUUCUAAGCAACAGAAGAAAGCUUCAGCUUUGUGCGAAGCAGCAGCCUAGUUUCCUUCAGCUGCAGCAGAGGCAAAGGAGGAACAACAGCAUCGAGAGUGAAUUCCAUCCUAAAGCUACCAGGAAAUAGAGCGGUUCCAAAGGCCCGAUCCUUUUAAUCACCAUUGUACAAGACAGAGAGUCUGACGCAGCUGGAUCUUAGCACACGGUCUGGAUUGCAGCAGCCUCCCCACCAACUAGAACACUUCCCCCCCAAUCCAUGGAAAGGAAACGCCUAAAAAAAGAGAUUGAAAAACUCUUGGGAGAUUAUGUUGGCAUCAGACUUCGGGAAAAUGAAUUCGACCCGAAAGGAAGACAGCAGCCCACCUUUCUCGAUGAUAUGGCUCAUUACGACUUGGCCAUCAAUGUUGCUUUACUGUGGCUGAAUGAUUCAGAAGCCCAAAGUCCGUUGGCAGGAGGGAAAAGGAAUUUGCCACUUCACAGCCGAUACAUCUAUCCCAACCGAACUGAGAGAGAAGCCAUGAUUUUAUCAUUUUAUGCCGGGACCUUAAUGAACAGCAUCCCCAUUGAAGACGUCUUUGGGAUUUACAGCACGGGGCCCUCGGCAACACGCUGGUACCGCUCUGCCAAAGGUCACCGGAUUCACCCUUUCAACCUCUCUUUGCAUCCUUUUGCCAUGCUGACAGCCCCGAAAGCUGCGGAACAUGCCUGGAAACAGAGUGUCAAGUUUCAAAAGGCAGCAGCAAAUCAACAUGCCACCACCAAUUCAACAAGAACAAAUAAGGACUGCAAGCGAUCAGAAUCUCCAUCAACAGCAAAACAGACAGACAACAAAGGGGCUAGAAAACAGUUUAAGCAAGGAAUCUUCCCAGAGGACCUUGCACCGAAGAGUGGAAAGGAAGCAGAGAUGUAACAAGAAGCCAGGGCUCAUAUCACCCUUUUCGAGGACAGAAACUUCCAGGGCCGCUCCAUUGAGUGCAGCAGCGACCGGCCG